CGGAGUGGAAACUCGGAGAGUUUACAGAGUGAUGAAGUGAUCACUCACUCGCUCUCUCUCACUCCAGAGAGGGCAUUCAAAUAAGUUAAACUCCUCUAAUGUUUCUUAUAUAUCGAAGUACAACCCCACCAUCUUUUCUACUCGUUUGGUGGCUUCGUCGCGUUUUAGAAGUUUGUGUUUUUUACAGUUAAAAUGAGAGAACAGGCUGAGAGGGUCGCUGAGCUGAGUUAGCCGCCGAGCUAACAGUCAGUUCCACCGCUGAACAGCGUUAAAACAAACGGUCGGUGUUCAAACACGGCGUUGUCCUAGACUUUCCUGAGGAAAAUUUCAGCACAUUUUACCAAUGAGACGUUUUUUAGACCAGUAAGGGGAUUAUCACAGAAAUAAGAGAUGCAGUGUGUCUAGUGAAGAUGAGGGGGCUGAUUCAUGGCAGCAUAUUGACUGCAGCUGGAUGACCACAGCUUCCUGCGUUCCUUUGCACUCCACAGCGUGAGAGCAGAAGGCAGAGGUGCUAGAUGGUAAGUUUGAAGGCCCUGCGUAAUGCUGAAACAACUCGCCCAGAGUCAGAAUGAGUGUCACAGAUGGCGACGGGACAGCUAGCCAAGAUGGACAGACUUACGUUCUUCAGAUCUACCCCCGCCUCACCUUGGAGACGGCACCAUGUUGCACGAUCAAAGUCCACAAGGAGGCCACAGCAGCCACUGUUAUCCAGGAUGCGGCUGUCAACCUGGGGCUGGACACUGGCAAGCGCUAUGUCCUGGCCGAGGUGAAGGAAAGCGGUGGAGAGGAGUGGGUUCUGGAGUCCACAGACUUACCAGUGCACAGGGUUCUGCUCUGGCCGAGAAAAGCUCAGGAGGAGCAUUCGCAGAGCGAGGGAUACUACUUCCUCCUUCAGGAGUGUAACCAUGACGGCUCCAUCCUCUACAUGCACCUGCCCUCCCUCUACAAGGAAAAGGACGCCCAGCGGCUUGUUGCCCGUGGGUUUCUUCCUCCACGCUAUGAGGAUUUUGAUGACUUGUGCAAUCUAUCUGUCCUCAAUGAGGACACCAUCCUGGAAAAUCUGCACAAUCGCUUCCAAAAGAAGAAAAUCUACACAUACGCUGGCAGCAUUCUCGUCGCCAUUAACCCCUUUAAAUUUCUUCCUAUUUACAACCCCAAGUAUGUCAAGAUGUAUGAGAACCACCAGCUCGGCAAGCUGGAGCCGCACAUUUUUGCCAUUGCUGAUGUAGCAUAUUAUGCUAUGCUACGUAAGAGGAUCAAUCAGUGCAUAGUUAUCUCUGGAGAGAGUGGUUCUGGCAAAACUCAAAGCACUAACUUUCUCAUCCACUGCCUCACUGCUCUCAGCCAGAAGGGUUACGCCAGUGGGGUAGAGAGGACCAUUCUCGGAGCCGGACCUGUGCUGGAGGCUUUUGGCAACGCAAAGACAGCCCACAACAACAACUCCAGUCGUUUCGGGAAGUUCAUUCAGGUCAACUAUCUGGAGAGCGGAGUGGUUCGAGGGGCAGUGGUUGAGAAGUACUUGCUGGAGAAAUCACGACUGGUGUCCAGAGAAAAAAAUGAAAGGAACUACCACGUUUUUUAUUACCUGCUGGUGGGGGCCUCUGAGGAGGAACGCAAGGAGUACAAGCUCCUGCAGCCAGAAAACUACCACUACCUCAAGCAGCAUAACUUUGCAAUAGAGGAUGCAGAUGACCUUCGUCAUGACUUUGAAAGGUUGCAGCAGGCCAUGGAGAUGGUGGGCUUCCUGCCCGCCACCAAGAAACAGAUUUUCUCUGUCCUGUCUGCCAUCCUGUACCUGGGCAACGUCACCUACUCCCGGAAAUCCACAGGCAGGGAUGAGGGGCUGGAUGUGGGUCCACCAGAAGUUCUCGCUAACCUCUCAGAUUUAUUGAAGGUCAAAGAAGAGCUGUUAGUUGAGGCUCUUACCAAAAGGAAAACAGUUACAGUCAAUGAUAAGCUGAUUUUGCCCUACAGUCACAGUGAGGCAAUCACAGCACGAGACUCCAUGGCCAAGUCUCUGUACAGUGCCCUGUUUGAUUGGAUCGUCCUGCGAAUCAACCACGCUCUUCUCAAUAAGAAAGACAUGGAGGAAUCUGUUUCGUGUUUGUCUAUAGGUGUUCUGGACAUCUUUGGCUUUGAGGACUUUGAGACUAACAGCUUCGAGCAGUUCUGCAUCAACUAUGCCAAUGAACAGCUGCAGUAUUACUUCAAUCAGCACAUCUUCACGCUAGAGCAGGAAGAGUAUCAGGCAGAAGGCAUCACCUGGCACAACAUCGACUACACUGAUAACGUGGGCUGCAUUCAGCUCAUCAGCAAAAAGCCUACAGGUCUUCUCUAUUUACUGGACGAGGAAAGCAAUUUUCCCCAUGCUACAGAUAAAACCUUACUGGCCAAAUUCAAACAGCAGCAUGAGAGAAACCCCUAUUUUGUGGCCACCCCAGUGAUGGAGCCAGCAUUUGUCAUCCGGCAUUUUGCUGGGAAGGUCAAAUACCAGAUUAAGGAUUUCCGGGAGAAGAACACGGAUCACAUGCGGCCGGACAUUGUUGCCCUGUUGCGGAGCAGUGACCGGGCCUACGUCCGACAGCUGAUUGGGAUGGAUCCAGUAGCGAUGUUCCGCUGGGGGAUACUUCGGGCUGCUGUCCGCGCUUUGGCUGCAUUUAAUGAGGCCGGUCGCCGCUGGGCAGCAAAGAGCGCCGGUGUUGUCAGACCUGCCUCCAGAGUUCCACUAGGGGAGCUGCAGAGGUCCAACACACAGAUUGAAAGGAUGUAUCGUCGUACGUCUAUGCUCGAUUUCUCCUUUGAUCACUCAGAGGAGCGCCCCCUAGAGGCUUUUGAGGACAUCUUUGCUAGUUAUGAGAGUAAGAAGGAUAUUCACGCCCAAAUUAUGAGCUCCAUUAAGGACUUGCAGUUGGAUGGCGAGGAUCCGCGUAAGCUGCUUCAGUCCUGGGGUCGUCUGCGGUUCCCACGCCACUUCCUUCAGAAGAACAAGAGCACCAAGAACAAGCAGCUCAUUCCAAAGAACCUGCUGGACUCUCGUUCGCUCAAGUUCAUUGUGGGUCUUCAUGACCGCACCACCAAAUCUCUGCUGCACCUGCACAAGAAGAAAAGGCCCCCCAGCAUCAGCGCUCAAUUUCAGACCUCCCUCAGUAAGCUGCUAGAGACGCUUGCGAAGGCUGAGCCUUUCUUCAUCCGCUGUCUCCGCUCCAAUGCUGAGAAGAAGGAGAUGUGUUUUGAUGAGGCACUGGUCCUGCAGCAGCUACGAUACACAGGUAUGCUGGAGACGGUGCGCAUCAGGAGAUCGGGCUACGGUGCUAAAUACACCUUUCAGGAAUUCAUUGAGCAGUUUCGUGUGUUGCUGCCAAAGAAUGCCUCAUCUCAGGAAGACAUAGCAAAUCUGCUGCAGAAAUUUGGCUUGGACCCCAAAACCUACCAGAUUGGGAAAACAAAGGUGUAUCUAAAAGAGCCUGAGAGGCAAAAGCUUAAAGACAUUCUCCACAAAGACGUCAUGCAAAAAAUCAUCUUCCUGCAACGCUGCUUCCAAGCUAAAUUGCUAAGAAGUUACUACCUCCAGUUAAGGGAAGCAGCCAUCUUUGUUCAGCGCACUUGGAGAGUUUGCCGAGAGAAGCGCUAUCGAGCAGCUACUGUAAUUCAGGCAGCAUGGCGAUGCUUUAAACACAGGGCAGAAUACAAGCAUCGGCGUUCUUCCGUUACAAAGAUCCAGGCAUUAGCCAGAGGCCAGUCAACCCGCAAAAGGUACCAAUCUCUGAAGGAAGAGAAGAGGAAAAAAGAAGAGGAGGAAGCUCAGAGGAAGAGAGAGGAGGAAGAAGAGGCAGCCCGGCGUGCCCAGGAGGCAGAGGAGGCUGCCAGGAGAGUACGAGAGGCGGAAGAGGCCGCCAGGAGACAAAGAGAGGCAGAGGAAGCAGCCAGGAGACAGAAAGAAGCAGAAGAGGCAGCUAGGAGACAGAAAGAGGCUGAAGAUGCAGCUAGACGAAUGAAGGAAGCAGAAGAGGAAGCUGCUAGGCUUGCUCUAGAAGCAGAACAAGAAAUUGCUGAGCAAAGGAAGAAGGAAGACAGUUCACAGAAGCAGACUAAUGAGACCUUAAAUGAAAAUUUAGUUAAUUUUGAUGUAAGAGAAGGGGAAAGGGGCAAAGACAUCAGGGUUGAGGCUGGUCCUUAUCCUAAAACACCUAAGAUCCAGGAUGGAUACCAAAACCAGGAAUUUAUGAAGCUAAGUGAAAAAGAUGAGGAAGAAGAUCCUGUUUGGAAGCUUCAAGAAGAUAACAAACACCAUAAAACACCAAUUGCUGUGCUGCAAGAAACAACUUCUGCUCCAACUGAUCUCCCAGAGGUUAAAAUUUCCACUUCUGUUUCUCCAGAUGAAGACAAAAACCACCAACCUGCCACCCCUGUGACCCCAUCUGAUCAGUGCAAGCCUAAAACUCCUUCACUCUGUAAAAUCCCCGCCUCUAAAAGCCAGGAGAAGAGGGAGUUGAGGCGACAGCGUGGUUUGGAGCACAGCCAGAGGGAGAUUCAGCGAGCAGCUUCAAUUAGCAGAGAAGAGCCUCCACAGAAAAGCCCAGUUGGACCUGAUGGCAGGCUAAAUGAACGAUCCAAUAGCAAAGAGCUGGACCAGUAUACGUUUGUGGCCUGGAAAAGUGAGAAGACUAAGAAGGAUACAAAGGAUGAGUCUGAGAUGGCAAUAAAAGAGGUUAAAGAUGAGUUAGAGACAACGAGGAAAGAAGUUAAGGAUGAGGGGGAAAAGCCAAAUAAAGAGGCUAAAGAAUUGGUACAGAAAACCACUCCUGAGAAGACUACGAAUGAGGAAGGGGAGAAAGCUAAAAGAGAGAUUAAAAAUGAGGGUGAAAAGGCUAAAAAAGAAGCUAAGAAUGAAGCAGAGAAAGCUUCAAGAGAACCCAAACAGGUCACCUCUGGUCCAGUACGACCCACCACCUUACCCUUGGAUGUGCCAGGCUCCAGGCCUGAUAGGAAUGGCCAUGGUGAAGCAUCCAGUCUCCCUAGUAGUGCCGUGCACCUCGAAAGUAAAAGCAAGGCUUAUAGGAGCAAUACCCACCCAGAAAUCGCAAAGACUGAGUCCCAAAACCAACAGGACAGGAGGUCCAAAAUGCAACAGAUUGCGACGUCCCGAUCCUUAGAUGAUGUUUAUGAAUUUGGAACAUCAGGGCCCAGUUCUUCUUCAGUUGUACAGGCGCAGUCCCGUGCUGUGGACAUUCCACAUGGAGGGAAAACUGUGAGGAUACAGGAUUCCUCAGGCCCCCAGGACGGCCCUCACGCCCAUCCACCCACUCCUGAGAGAUCAGCAGGCUUCUUUAGAAAGAUCCUGAAGAAGCGUCCUCAUAAAGAGGCUCAUACGCCAGAAGAUGGAGAGCUGACUAUGGCUGCUUCUUUGGCAGACAAAGCAGAAGCCACAUCUCCCACACGUGUUCAUCACUCAGAACCACCCAGCGGACGUCCGAGUCGCAACCCAACUAUUAAGAUCAGCCGAGCCACCCGGGUCACCGAGCAGUGGAACGCCUCUUUGGACCGAGAGAUCACCAACGCUAAUGAGCUCCGGCACCUGGACGAGUUCCUCGGAAAUCAGGUGAAUGAUCUGCGCUCUAGAGGAAAGCAGCUGUCUGCAACAGAGCACAUCUUCAUUACAGCCACCAUGCAGUUCAGAGCGGAUAUCAAAAGCAUGUACUCUGUCGCUAAGCCACACAUUGGCUACAAGGGUCUAAUGAGGGGCUACCAGAACAAAGUGAUCAGUCUAGCUGGAGAAAAGCAGAAAGGUGAAGUCCAGCUGGUGGUCAACCUGUUCCAGUCUGUGCUGGAUGGCUUUAUUAGAGGGGAAAUCAAAAGAGAAGAGGCCGAACCUGCUAAGCCUCCUAAAGGCCGUAAGAAAAGGCGGAAGAAAGACAAGAGUUUGGAGAGCCCACUGGACCAUGUGUUCACUCAUUACCAGGUGAACAUCAUGCAGUCCUGUGAUCAGUGUUCUUCCUACAUCUGGGGCAUGGAGAAAGCCUACAUGUGCAGUUAUUGUAAAUUUGUUUGCCACAAGAAGUGCCUGUCCAAAAUAGUCACGGAUUGUAAUACCUUCUGCUCAAAGAAGAAUGAAGAGGACUGUGGCUGUCAGCACUUUGGUGUACGAGUGUGCAACCUGGCCAAUGACCGAAUCCCUGUCCCAGUGGUGCUGGAGAUGAUGCUGGAGCAUGUGGAGAUGAACGGCCUCUACACUGAAGGCAUCUACAGAAAGUCUGGGUCAGCCAACCGCAUGAAGGAGCUCCGACAGCUACUGGAAGCUGAUCCCCAUAGUGUGUGUUUGGAAGACUACCCCAUCCAUACUGUCACCGGUCUAGUAAAGCAGUGGCUGAGAGAACUGCCCGAACCCCUCAUGACCUUCGCGCACUAUAAUGACUUUAUCCGUGCAGUUGAAUUACCUGAGAAGAAGGAACAGUUACAAGCAAUCUAUAGACUUUUGGAGGAGCUCCCUUCAGCCCACUACAACACUAUGGAGAGACUUAUCUUUCAUCUUGUCAGGGUGUCAAAAGAGGAGAAGAGUAAUCGAAUGAACCCCAACUCGCUGGCCAUUGUUUUCGCCCCCUGCAUCCUGCGUGGACCAGACAGUGCCGACCCCCUUCUUAGCAUGAAGGAUGUUGCCAAGACAACCUUGUGUGUGGAGAUGUUGAUCAAUGAGCAGAUUAGGAGAUACAAUGAAAGGAUGGAGGAGAUCGAGCAGCUGGAGUAUGCAGAGACGCUGGCUAAGAACCAGCUUAAGCUGAAAAGAAAUAAUACGAGCUGGCAUUUACCCCUCAGGUUUACCUCUCCUUACAAAGGAGUGGCGAUGCGGGAGAAGCCUUCGCCCGAUCUGUGCGCUGUUCCAGAGAAUGAACCAAUUGACUCUGACACAGAGGCAGAGAGGAAUCUGGUAGAGAGGAUCAAAUCCAUCAAACAGGAGAAGGAGGACCUGGCCUGCAGGUUGCCAGAUAUGGAGCAGCCAGGCUCCGAUCAGGAGAACCUGGACUCUGAGGCUUCAGCUAGCUCUGAGAGUCUGCUUGACGAACGGGUGCUUAGUUCGGACACGGAAGGAAAAACCUCUCAUACCACAGUGCCAAGAAUUCUCAAACCUGCUUCCCUUGCUAAAUCUAUAAGCUUGUCCUCCACCCAGCUAUCUCCAACAGCAGGAGAAACCUCCAGCCUCUUUCAGCCUACCCUGUCUGCUUCCAGGGACCUGCUCCAUCGCCGUCUUCCCAUCAUCCCCUCCACCGUCCGGCUGCCUCCAGGUGUACUGUCCCAUCCGGCCGUCCAGUCGCUGCCACCCCGCAAGUCCCAGUCCAUGACACUGGUGCAGCGGCGGCCACAGCCAGGGCGACGCAAGGACAGCAUCCAGUCGCUUUUUAUAGCUCCCGGGACUGAGCUCAUCUCUACUCCUGACUCUGGCUCUUCAUCUCCCAGCACACAGGAGCUCCUGAAAUCACCCAGACGCUUCUCAGACCCGGAUAUCACUCAUAUUGAAGACGGAAUUUGAUUGGCUCUCCGUUGCAGGAGCCUUAAACUCUAGUUUCAGAGUUGCUCAGUCUAAAAUACCUGUAAUGUUAACUUGAUAAAUAACUUGAUAAGUGCUGAUUUGAUCAGGUUUGCUGGAGCAGGCAGAUCACCAAACUUUGCUGGAAACAGGAGUUUGAGGCUCCAGCUUUAAAGGGUCAUGGCGCACCAACCUAACACAGUCCAUUCUCUAGCUACACAUACACUGAGGUUGGUCCAGCUUUUUAUAAAGAUGGCAAAAAAAAUGUUGCACAAAUCUUUGUUUAGGUUUGAGAAAAUCAAUUUGGAGGGAAAAUUAAUAAUAUUAGUGCAUCUUUCUACCAAUAAUUACCUCUAUAAUUGCUGCCAUGGCUUGGUGAUGUUGAUGUAGUUCAGACUGUGAUGCAAGAAGUACAGAAGCAUCCAAUCUAUUCUAACACUCUAACCUUUCACACACACAAAGAAUAAAUGCCUUCCAAAUGUAAUUACUGUAGAUUUCUUUUUUAAACCAAGAUUUGUGCUAAAGUGUAUCAUCAAGUUUACAAGGUGCUUUGCCAUGGUUUUGUAAAGCUUGUACAGCCAAUAGCCAUUGCUACAGUAAAAGGCAUUUUUCAGCAGAGCAUGAGCAAAUCAAAUUUCCCCAAUAAACCCCCCCAACAUGUUCCCCUACAAGUGUUGUAGGUUUAAAACAGACAUAACCAGUGUUAACAUGAUGAUAGAACAUUACUUAUACAACAGUGGGAAGGAGGGAGAUCAUUCUCGACAUUCGCACAACAGUCCACACCGGUACAGCAGCACUCCUCAGUGUGGAUUUAUUGGUGUUUGCUGAAGAACACUGGGUGGAUGUCCUCUUGGUCUGUUGGAGGGACAUGAGGCACUCUGGGAUUCCUCUGAAUAAACUGCUUGCAGCUUGAACUCUUUUCAGUUGAGCUUGCCAUUGUCAGGAUGAUUGUUUUACCAAGCACUUUUUCUGUAACUAUAUUAAUGGUGGGAUUUCUUUUUUUAAGAUACUUUUUUAAAAGGCAAGAUUUGUGCUGCAGCCACAUGAGCUAAACCAUGAAUCUUAUUGUUUUAAUGCUCAUUUUUAUAUAUUUUUUCCUUUACAUGAAAAGUAGCAGGAAUGUUGCACCUUUUCAUCUCUUUAAUGGACCUUCUAAAAAAAGAAAAACACAAAGCACAUCAACUGGCCUGAGCGAACGUGCCUUCAGUGUGUACCAAGACAAAGUAGUCCUACAGUACAACCUUGAAUGUUUCCAGUGCCUGGAGACCACUAAUGAGGACACGGAUGCUUGGAAAUUGCUCAGUCAUUUUCAACACUUAAAAAAAAGAGAAGCAGAUACAGCUCGACCAGACUCUUUCUGAAGUGGCCGUUUACCUGCUGUGAAGUGGACAGUGGAUUUCUGGGCCCAUCUUGGUUUCUUUGUUUAAUGGCUAAUGGACCGUUUUUAGCCUUCUCGGGAGCAAAAACAGCACAAGCCACUUUUCUCAUUGGAGAGAUGAUGCCAUACCAUGGAUAGUUUUCCCUCACAAAACUAACUGUAUCCCAGCUUUCCUGUACUGUUUAAUCUCUCUCCCAGCUUAUUGUCCUCAUGUGAACAGUAGAGCGCUCUGGGUCAGUGAAAAUGUCUGUCUGAGAGGAGUUGUAUAGAAUGAGUGGCGUAAUGUGGCAAAGCCACACGUGUUUACUAAUGUCAAGUUUAAAACCUGCUGGUGUGUGUAGGUCCUGUGAGGAAGUGUGGUGAUGAUGAUGAUGAUUAUAAUGAUGUGGCUGGUUGAUUAUGAAUGAAUGAAUGUUAAUUAUGUUUUACAGAACUAGGACUGUGCUUGCUUGGCUUCGUUUGCUUGUAUUUGUGUUCAUGAGUCACAAAUAUCUGUUUUGCAUUUAACGGACAGAUUCAACUAAUUAUUUUCUUACAAUACAAUUUGUACAUGCUGCACACAA